AAUCCUAACCCUAAUCUACACAGAGGCACUUACUGUUCCGAGUAAUCAUUUUUCCCCUCAGUGACCAACACACCACCUAGUAUAAAGAUGUGUUUUACUACCUGCUGCUUGAUGUAUUCGUCGAGGGGAAAAUAGAGAUGUGAACAUUUUAUAUUGCAAAGGAAUGUAUUGAUUAUGUCUCUGCCUGAGGCUACUGAAAAGCCUGGAUGAUGCCAAGUACAAAUCUGCUAGUCACAUUUCAGAAGUUUUUUUACCCCAUACUAUCUGGUAUAGGGAUUCCAGUCAACCUCUUCACCUUCUAUAUGAUCAGGUUUCGCAAAUGUGAGAUGUCAGAAACAGCUAUAAUCUACCUUAGUGCCUUGGCCAUUGUAGAUUGCUUUUACCUGCUGUGGGUGGCACUUCUGGACCUGUCCCUAUCCUUUCUCCUAGAUCACCCUUUCUGGCAUGCUUACCCUUGGUGUGGGAUCCUCACCUUCCUUGAGUAUGGCUCCUUGUUCAGCUCUACCUGGAUCGUGGUGGUUUUCACCAUAGAACGCUACCUCGUCCUGAGGAUGACAAAGGUCAAAAUGCACUUCUCUCACUCCAAAGCCACUGUGAGGAUAAUUCUGGCUGUGGUUCUGCUCUGUCACCUGGUGGCAAUUCCAGACUACUGGAUCAACAGUGUCACAAUGUUUAACUACACAACUGAUGGAGAGAACAUCACCUUACCAAGGUGCUUCUAUGAAAACACUAUGUUCUCCACCUUGGUGGUCUGGAUCAACACCUUCAUCUCUGGGGGCAUCCCUUUCACCCUCAUCAUUGUUUUCAACUCUCUCAUUGGAUACCAUCUCACCCAGGCCAGCAAGAUGUUUACCAAGGAACAGCAGAGGAUCAUCAAAGGGGUCACCACCAAAGGCAUGGUCAGAAGGACCAUCCUACUUCUCUUCACAGUCUCUUUUACUUUUGUUGCCUUGUGCCUCCCUCGCUUCGUGACCUACUGCAUCCUGAGGACUGCAUACAACUACCCAGAUUUCAACAGAGAUGACUACAACCUGUCUAUCAAUGUCUUCGGCGACAUUGCGAUCAUGCUGCAAAAUCUGAACUCCACCACCAACUUCCUCUUGUACUGCAUGGUGAGCAAGGGGUUCAGGCAGGAACUGCGGAACCUGCUGAAACCCAACACAAGAGCGAAAGAGCUGGGCUCCCAUUUCACCCAGACAACCAUGAAAGUCUUUUCGGUAACGGGUAGCAAAAUGCAUCGCUCCAGGGAUCCCGUCGAUGUUGUACAUAACUAGCAUGUGUAGACAAAACAGAGCCCCCUACUAAUUCAUGUUGCCUAACUACCCGAAACUGAAGAUAUUCAUGCUACAUUAAACAGUCAUCCGUAAUAAUACAACAUAACUACGUUUAGGUAAACUAGCAUUUAGAAGAAAUAAAAACUGAGGAAGAUUGUUUUUCCAAAACAAAUGCAAAACAGAGUUGGACUUCAUUGCACUGAGCUAACACUACGAGACUGCCUCGCUAGCAGAAAUACAAAGAACUUUACACUCAACAUAUACUACUGUGUAGUGUUGGGUCAGCAAAAAAAUGAGCUUUUUGUGGUGGAAAACAAAGGGAAAAAAAUGAUAUAUUUCUGGUAUUAAGGUAAAAAAAUAUAUAAGUGUCAGCUAUUCUCAAAGUUCUACUAACAUUGUCAACUUUAUGCAUCACACCAAACUAACACAUUGCCCAACUUGUGACAGUUCCAGUUUCCUCCUUUCACAUUCUUCUUUCUAUCUGCCAUGUGAAAAAUAUAGAACUGUUGGAUGUUAAAAGUAUUUUUAUAUGGUGUGUCAUUUUUGUACACUGCACCUAUACCUCCUUUCAACCACGCACGCACACGCACACGCACACGCACACGCACAUACUUCUUUUGUAGCAAAUUGCUUUUGUGGAUGAGGAAAAAAAAAGUUACAAGACUUAGAUGUCUACAAUUAUUUAUUUAAGCAAAACUCCAAAAAUGCUAUUUCAAAAGUAUUCAUACACUCUGAUGCUAUGAUAGUAUUGUCUACAAGGCGCUAGAAAUUUCAAUAUGAUAAUGCAGAACCUAAUUCUAGAAAAUGCUGGAUUGUAGCUGAACAAAAGGGUUAAGCAUAGGAUGAUUGCUGUCAUUACCAAUAAGUCUGAAGACCUUAGACAGAACAUUAUUUAUUGUCAUAAAGCUGGAGAAGGAUACAAGAAGAUUUUCAAUUAUCUGAGUAUCCUAAUUUCAACUAUUGUUUCUAUUAUCAAGAAGUACAAGACUCAUGGUUUUGUCACAACGCUCCCUCAGUCUGGAAGAAAGAAGGUUCUUUCACCAAGAACAAGUAGAAGAAUUGGGAGGAAGGUUAAUAACAAUCCGAGAUUGACUGCCAAAUAUAUUCAAAGUGAAUUGGCUGCAACUGGGACAGGGGUCUCCAUUUCAACCAUAGCUCGAGUAUUGUAUGGUGAACGUUUCAAUGGUCGCAGGGAAAGGAAAAAAACAAUCAGGAAAAUGUCACAAGGACAAUCGCUUAAAUUUUGCAAAAUGGCAUUUGAAUGAUGGAUAUUAGUUCUGGUCAAAGGUUUUGUGAGUGAUGAAACAAAAAUCAAGCUUUUUGGUCACGCUGAUAGUCAUUAUGUUUGGAGAAAGUCUGGUGAGGCGUGCAAAGAAAAGAACACUAUACCUACUGGCAAGCAUGGAGGUGCUAAUAUCCUUAUAUGGGGCUGUUUUUCCUCUAAUGGCACAGGACAUUUAGUUCCAAUACAUGGUAAAAUGGAUUCCAUAGCAUACCAAAAGAUAUUGGCUAAUCAUCUCAAAUCCUCUGCUACAAAACUUGGUUUAAAGGGCAGUAAAUUAAUUUCAUUUUCCUUGUCAGGGUAUGAAUACUUUUGAAUUAUUGAGUUUUGCAAAAAAAAAAUGCUGAAAUAAAUAAUUGUAGACAUUUAUUUCUUGUGACUUUUUUUCUUCAUCUACAAACGCAAAACUUGCUACAAAAGAUUUUUCCUAUAAUUCUAUAAUUCUUUGUUCUCGAGAAAUUUCUAAAAAUUGAUACAUUUCCAUUGGGGUAUGUAAACUUUUGACUACAACUCACUCUCUCUCUCUCUCUCUCUCUUUAUAUAUAUAUAAGGCUUUAAUAAACAAGAUAGUAUUAUUCUAACAAUUAGGUGAUGGAAUAAUCAAUAGGAAAGAUUGCAAACGCAAACGAGCAAAUAACUUUAAGCAACUAAUGCUUUUAGCCAAAUGGAUCUAAAAAUCUCAUAAAACUGAAUAUGAUGUAGCGAUCAGCACUAAUAAUAUUGGAAAGCAUUUUUUUUGUAAACAGAAGUAAUGAAAUACCUCUCAACAAACUGUUGUCUUGUAUUUAAGUGCAUGUACCUUUAUGUCUUAAUGCAGCUUGUUGUACAAUGUUGAAAUGUCAUUCUGGGAUUGUAAAUUGUCAAUGGGACUUUCCAUGUUAAACAGGAAUUGAUUUCUUUUUUUUUGAUCAUCUUGUCUUUCAACCAUAAAGGACGUGGGAGGUUAGAAUGAACAUGAUGUUUCAGAUUUUCUACACUGUGACUAUGAAAUGAAUUCAGACAGCUAAUGCUUCUGUAGAUAGUUAGCCUUGAACCAUUCUUAUCAGAGCAAUCAAGCUAUAACGUGAAAUUGUUGCUAAUGCUUCUAAGUGUUUUUAUAUUACGAAUAUAAUUUUAGUUAUACCAUAACCUCUCCACUAGUUCUGGCAAAUCCAGUGUGAAUCUAUGAAAACUGAAGGCCCUUGAAAUAGGCUGAACUCCAAAGAGCUGCAUUUCUGGAUUCAAACACUCUGUGUACUUGGGCUCAUGUGCUUAGAUGUUGCAGCCCGCAGUUAUGGCUUAAUGGGCCUAAUCCAGGUUUCAGGAGAGUUUGAUCCCAUCUUUGGAGAGUGCUCCAUCCCUGUACAAAUACACUGUGAUUGACAGCAUACUGUGGAAGAACAAGGCUUGUCUCAACACUGUUUAUUCUGUUAAUGGCCUGCUGUCGUCAUUUCUGCAGCAAAUAUUUGGAGUAUCCUUUUGUCACUGUUUAAUUCAGGGCUUCAGCUGAGGCUGAUCUGUGUGUAUGCAUCAGCUCUUAGCUCUUGCUGCAGUUUCUUUUGUUUAAAUGUGUUUUUGUUUUGUGGUUAUUUCAACUGCUAAUAAAGCCCUGGUGAAUGAUUGACUUCACCCUUCACUGAAGCGGGUUUCUUCAUUCUAACCAAGUAUUGUAUUUACUUUCUAUUGCUUCUUAUCUGGUUGCCUCAAAAGUAUUUACAGAGUAAACAACUUGUUACUGCAGCUGUUGAAUUCUAUCAAUUACAGCUACAGCAUUUUUUAAUAUAACAUAUUAAUGAAGCUUCUUACAAGGCAGGCUCUUAAGAGCAGCCACUAACAAACAGAUGUUAUUAGCUUGGAA